AUGAUAAGGGAGAAAAUUAAGCGGCGUAAGGAUAAAGCAAAGGCUGAAGAUGAAUUGCCCAAUAAAUGCAUCGAAUAUUUCAAGGAAUGCGCUUGGAUAAUGGAGGAAUAUGUGUUGGUGUCAGAAGGUCACCAAAAGAAUGAAAAUGUAGUUCUUGAUACCAGUGCUACACACCUGUCACGGAUCAAGGAACAGGCGCUGGUGCAAUUAUGUGGUUGA